AUGUCGGAACAACAGCAAUUUGAUUUGUUAAAACGAAAACGGAAGUCUUUACGCACCGCGGUAACGAAAGCUGUAAACGAUAUAGAAACUGAAUUGGCUAAUGAACAAUUAAAUUCUGAAAAGUUAGAGGAAUUUUCGGAAAUUCUUAAUUGUAAAUUCGAACAAUUAUCUAUAGUUGAUCAACAACUUGAGCCUCUUUUUAAUACAGAUAAUUUUGAGGAAGAAUUUGAAACGGCACAAGAAUAUAGAGAUAAAGUUUUACUUUGUCUGUUCCGCACUAAAAAGAAAAUUAAUCAUGUUGCUAAGUUAAACUUGGAUAAUUCGUCAUUAGUAGAAAACACGGCUCCGACUAUUCCAACAGAAAACUUUCUUCCCCAGAAUGUUGAAAGUAUCAAAAUUAAAAUCCCCAAAUAUCAUAUAGCCAGAUUUUUUGGCGAUGAUGCCUCUAAGUGGCUGACAUUUUGGAACAGCUUUGAAACGGCUGUACAUAACAAUGAUUCAUUAAAUAAAGUCGACAAAUUUAAUUAUUUAAAGGCUCAUCUUGGAGGAUCUGCAUUAAAUACCGUAGAAGGAUUUCCUAUUUCAGCAGCUGCGUACGAUGAAGCAGUUCAAUUAUUGAAAGAACGAUUUGCCAGUACUGAAGUAUUGGUUCAAACCCGUAUGAAUAAAAUAUUAUCUUUACCACCAUUAAAAGAUUCUAACGACAUUCGGUCCUUCCGACAAUUUGCUUAUAACUGUAAUGUUCAAUUGAGAAGUUUGGAGUCUUCAGGUAUUUCAACCUCACAAUAUGGAAGUAUCUUGUGUCCAAUAAUCAUGAAACUUAUUCCGGCUGAUUUACUUUUAGAAUACAAUAAAUCAGAAAAACAAAAGUCAGGUUCUAAAAUUGAGGAACUUCAUUGA